CUUUUUAUUAAGUACCUACGUACAAACUGCAACGGCAAAACAUAUCUCAUUUCUGUUUUAACUUUGGCUAGCCAUAUCAUUAGUUUUAGUUUCUUUCAAUUUCAAAAUAUGACUAAAAGACUUUUCCAAAUUUUGUCUCUCAUAGCCAUUUUUGCUGUAAACGGUAUCAAAAGCGAUGAUACCAUAAAAGCUUUGAGGAAAAUACUUAAAGAAUUGAAUGCACCAACUGAAGACAAUGAUGAAGGGAAUCAUAAUUCCAAAAUAGUAUACCUUCCAAGUCACUACAAGCACGCGCAGGCUAAAUUUAAAGGUGGUAAAAGUGCUCCUAACCUCAUGAAUAUACAGACGAUGAACUUGUUUUUAAAACCUAAAAGACAGCGAAGUGAAGCUGAUGUAAAGAAGUUCCUACGAUUAGAUGCUGAAAACAGAUGCAAGGCUACUGGUAGGUGUGGAUGCUCUGGAGCUAGAUGCGGUCAUAAUAAGGAAGAAGAUUUGACGUAUGAGGUAGAUAGAGUACUUAAUGAAGUCAACAAACAACUAGCUAGAGAGGAUGAUAAAACCAGAUAUGAUAGGGAUAUCGUCAAUUUAGAAAAGAGGGAUGAGGAUAGAAAUAGGGAUAUAGAUGAAAACCAUCAACAAAGGGACAGAGAUAAUGAAGAUAGAAUUAAAAAUGAUGGCAAGUAUUUUGAUGAUGUCGAAGAAACAAAACAUACUAGAGACAAUGACGAAUAUGAUGAUGAAAGAGACAGCAAAAAUAGAGUUGAUAGAGAGAAUUUGUUAAACAGCAAGAGGAUCAAAAUUAACGAUAAUCUUGACGUAGUGAUACUGGAUAAAUCAGAUUUAGAUCUACUUCUUAGAAAUGAGGAUUUUCUUGAUCCCACUAGAAAAGAUGUUGACAAAGAUGGCGAGGAUAAAGAAAUGUUCCAGAAAGUUCUUAAAGGAUUAAAAAAAUUCGCCAAUGCUGAAGAUAAAGCAAGCGAAAGAUCCAAGAAUGUUGUUACACCAGAAGAAUUUUUUGGACAUUAUGAAACUAUUAAACAGCUAGUAGUAGCAAAGGUGUUUGAUUAUGUAAAAGAUAAAAAGCUAUCCAGUUUUCUAAAGCUCAAACAUAUUUCGCCAUACCAAAGAAGCAAACUGCGAAGUAUUAAACUGAAAUACAAACGCGGGGAAAUGAAGGACGAUGCUAUAGAGGAAGAAAUUGUAAACAUUAUUUUCGGACAGCAAAGUAACAUGAAAAUAGUUUCGCAGACUGAAAAUGAUAACAAAAUUUUCGUCCCCAAGUGGUUGUAUGAUAAAAUACUUAGUUACAAGAAUAGCAUUAACAAUAAUCUAAGAACUCAGAAUGCUCAAAAGCGUAUUCUACCAUUAACCUUACAACAAAAAGAGAGGCUCAAUAAAAAAAGCUUAGUAGAACAGGGAAAAACUAUUCCGAAAUUAGUGUGGCGAAAAAAUGCGGGCCAUGAUCUUCAGAAAUUCGGAAUACCUUUCGAUUUGGAUGUUCACGGGUUAGCUCAAAUGGCGGUAUAGAAUUUUCAGAAGCUAAUAAAUAAAUUAUGUAUAAGUACCUACAUACCUA